GUGUAUGGUGAAUGAUUACGUUGCGACGGCUUGAAGAUGGAACCGAGGGAGGGUAGAAAAAAAAAAGGAACGAUGGAAAGCCAAGAGGCCAAUAGCGUUUGCCCAAUUGGCACCCCAAACCUCACCGCAUAAUAAGCCCAAUCGCGAUUCGACGUUUUAACGCCGCGGGAAACACUCCGCCUCCCUCAAAUGCGCGUAAUAAGAUUCCCUCUUUUCUCUUUCUCUCUGCCCUCUCUUUUUCUCUCCCUAGAAUUCAGCUCCCAUUUCAAACACCUUCGUUAUCCCUUACCGGAUUCUGUCCUCCAUUGGAUUUCAUUUUCUUGUUUUGGUGCUCUUCAACGCGAACCAAAUCAGGUGAGUUUUUCCCAGUUUUUGGAAAUAGAAGGUGAAAGUAAAGAAAUAUUGACAUUGAAUCAUCGGUAUUGUGGGAAUCGUAUCCAUCUUUCGGCUUUGGAUUGUUUCGUCUUUGAUUAUUUGGCGAGGUUGGAAAAUCAGGCGACCGUGGAGCUCGUUCCCGGGGCCAGCGAUGGCGGCUUACGAGCACGAAUCGGAUGUAAUUCAGUGGGGAUUAAGCCUUUUGGAAGCGAGUCCACCCUAUUAUUCCGGGUACUAUGGCGGCGAUGUAAUUCAAAACGACCAUUCAACCUAUCAUCCUCAAAACCAUCACGACGGCGGGCAUUAUGUUGCAGAUCAUUACGACAUUACGGACAACACUCAUGUAGAGAACGAUGAGAUCAUCGCCCGCACCCUCCAGGAAGAUUUCUCCCAUCUCGCCGUCACCAACGAAUCGUCUGGCUAUUCCCACCAAGAAGAAGAAGAAGAAGAAGAAGAAGAAGAAGAAGAAGAAGAAGAAGAAGAAGAAGUACAACAAGACUAUUAUCGGCGCCCUUCCUAUUAUGCCGCCAACGGAUGGCCUACUAAUACCUCCGGUAGCAAUGAGGAAUCUGAUGAUAUGGGUUCGUCGAGUUCCUGCUCCAGCCCUAGCUAUGAGGACGAACAAUCUAAUUCGUCGGAAUUGACUGACGAUUAUGGAUUGGAUGAUGAAGUGGGCAAGAAGUUGAAUCAAUUGAUCCCUAUCCGCCAUGUUCCUAAAAUCAACGGAGAAAUACCUUCUCUUGAUGAAGUAACCUCGGAUCAUGAAAGGCUUCUGAAUAGAUUGCAAGCAUUUGGCUUUAUUGAGGUUAAGGUUCAAGGAGAUGGCAACUGUCAGUUUCGAGCUUUAUCAGAUCAAUUGUGUGGGACACCAGAUCGCCACAAAAGUGUUAGAAGAGAGAUUGUAAACCAGCUAAAAUCUAACCCAGAGAUGUAUGAAGGAUAUGUUCCCAUGACGUAUAGGGAAUAUUUGAAGAACAUGUCCAGGUCUGGUGAAUGGGGUGAUCAUGUCACGUUGCAGGCCGCAGCUGAUUCUUAUGGUGUAAGAGUACUUGUCAUGACUUCAUUCAAAGAUACUUACUACAUAGAGAUUAUUCCUCAAAAACAGAAGCCAAAAGGAGUGAUCCUGUUGAGUUUCUGGGCAGAAGUACAUUACAACUCAAUCUACUUUCAGGGAGAUUCAGAUACGGUCUCCCCAGAACCUAAUAAGAAGAAGAAACGAAGGUGGAUAUUUGGCAAGAAACACUAGAGUAGACAGUAGCGGCGGCAUUAAACAAAGAUUACGGAAUAACAAGAGCCUUUGCAUGCUCUGGUACCAGAAUAUUCUUCAGUUACAGAUAGUCUGUCUUCCCCUUUUGUAUCCUUCAGUUCAUUAUUAGUGUGAUAUGGGCCUUCUUAAUUCUUCUUCUUCUUCUUCUUCUUCUAAAGUGUCAUCAUGUCUAACGGGGCGGCUGCGUACUUUUCUGUUUCUUUUCCAUGUAAUAAUCAAUUAGAACAAAGAAAGUCAGGGGAGGGGAAACGAACAAACGACUAGCACAGAGCCACAGACAGGUAGUUCAUAAAUAAUAAUAAUAAUA